AUGGGAAAAAGCGGUUCGCAAAGGGUCUGCGUGCUGUGCCAAAACCGAGCCUCAGUAACGGACGACCAGACGGAUGAUGCAUUCGAGCGCAUCACGUACCACAAGUUUCCGGCCAACCAGCAACGUCUUGACCAGUGGCUCGAACUGUGCGGCCUUCCGAAAGGUAGCAUCCCGCCGCUAUCGUAUAAAUUCGUUUGCAGCACUCACUUCGAACCGGAAUGCUUUGAGCGUGAUCUGCGAGCGGAAUUGCUGUACGGGACGAAGCGGAUGACGCUGAGAAAGGACGCACUGCCGACGAUUCGCUACCCAAAGGAGCAGCAGUUAAAGCGAAAGCUGACGACUGCUGAUGAGUCGAGCGAUGAGGAUGAGAUUCAAAAGCGUAAGGUGGAAGUUGAUAAGCUGCUGAACGGCGAAACACCCGUGACUGAGACGAUUGUGAAUCCUUUUCGAAAGCGUACCGUUGAGAAUUCGGCAUCCCCACCGUCCGAGGUAAAAUCGUACCUGACUCAAUCGGAAAUGGUACAACGGAUUAAAGAUUUGGAGCAAGAAACGACAGACCAGCGAAUACAAAUUACGCAUUUGCAACGGACCAUCAAUGUGAAGACGGAGAAGAUUAAUUUGGCCAAAGCGGAAAUGGUAAAUGCCGCCAUUUCGCUGCAAGAGUUGAAAGAUCACGAAAAUCGUCAUGUUAAAGAUCGUGUUACGGAAAUCUUAUCCGAUCGGUUUGGAGAAGGACAGCUCGCAACAAUUAUGGCUGGUCCGGUAGAUGGGUCGGAAGCAACUUUACUGCAAGUGCUUUGGACUGAAACGGAACUAGUGCAAGCGCUUAAGCUACGAUGCAUCAGCAAAGAAGCGUACGAAUUCGUACGUCAACAGAUGCGCUAUCCACUGCCGGAAGUUACGAAAAUUGAAAGAUGGAUUCAUGGCGUCUAUCUAGAAACGGGUCACAAUGCAACAGCGCUCAGUAUCUUGCAAAUCUACGCAUCAACUCUAAAAGACGUCGAACGCAUCUGCACACUGAAUAUACUUCACAUCAACACACCCGUCCGCUACCACUACGAUAGCAAACGUGAUCAAAUGUUAGGACCGAAUGCUCAACUAAGUUACCUUACCGUGCAAGGUUUGUUCUCGGCGUGGCAACAAAUCGUUCAGAUCGAUAUUGAUCUAAACGUUAGCAGAGAAAUGAUGGAAAAAAUGCUCACCGAUCUACAUCACAUCGGCUACAAGGUGGUUGCCAUAACGACGGACUGUGAUAAUGGUGUUGGUAAUAUUUGGCGCACCUUGAACGUAAGCAUAGAGCAACACUACAUCCAACAUCCGGUAACGGGCCAUUCCGUGUACGUGUACGCUUGUCCGGAACGAACGUUGGUCGCGAUUCACCGGGUACUGGUCGAGGAUGGGUUUGUAAUGCACGAAAACAAUUUGACAAUUAGCAGUGCUACCUUGAUGCCAUUCAUGUUUCGGCAGGACAUUCAAGGCGGUGAAAUCUAUCAACGAUAUCUUACCAUAGAGAUUCUCCAAGAUAUGGCGCACAGUUCGGAUCUUUCACGUGAGUUUAUAUCUUCCACCACAACGAACACGUUACGUCUGCUCUCCAGCAACGAAAGCGAAGGAAGCGAUCUUCUGUCCACGUUGACUACACUGUUCGAUCUUUUUACCGACUGGUACGAGCUAUGCACAACAACCAACUAUUCCGACGAUAGCUCAGCGCUUAAGCAGCAACAGAUCACCAAACUACCGUACGGUGUGUGCGAAGAUGAGCAAAACAUUGUGCUGGAUGGAAUGUUCGAUGUGAUGGAAACCAUCCGUUGUGCCGAUCCGAGUUAUGACUUCCUACCGCCCGCUAUUCUCAUGUCCAUCAACUCGAUGCGCAAACUGCUCGCCGAUUUAAGGGCCGCCUAUCCCGGCCAGAUCGAAGGACUACAGAUGCUCAGGAUGAGCACAAUUCCGAUGAAGGAAACGAUGCUGAAAUUUCGAGAUAUAUUUUGUCAGGAUUCAAAAGCCCCUUCAGUAAAUGACAUUCUUAUCCAUCUCUGCACGGCGGUUGCCUCUGUAGGACAGGAUUCACAUGCUACAAACAUCCUUUUAAAGAUGGGAGGAUUUUCGGGUGAAUGGUCCCUUAAAAGUCUUCGUCUGGAAGAUGAUCCACCCGACACAGAAGUAGGCGGCGUGUCCGAUCAGAAUGCUUGUGAUUUUCUUACACAUUUAGCAGUGGUUCGAUUGGGACAAAAGUACGAUUAUCUUGGCGAACGAACGAUCAGUAUCGAGCGAAAUAAUCAACAGUAUGGAAUUAAACCACCCGAUGGGGAUAUAUUUUCCUGCGUUACACCCUCCGCACUGUGGACGGAACAAGCGAAAAGGCUCGAAUCGUACCUAAGGAACGCGAUUCAAGAGAAAAAGACUGAAUUGGCUAAAGGACUGAUCGAGUUCAUUAUCGAUCGUCAUCCCCGAAUGGGACGUGAUUUAGUGGAGUUGUACGUAAGGAAACGGAUUGCCAUUAAGGUGCAAACACUUAAUUCUAAGAUAGAAGAUGGAAAUGCACAAACUUCAAUCAGCUAA